UUUUUUUUUUGUUAAGUUGAAGUUGAAAGUAAUAGAAAGAGAAGUGAAUUAUGAAUUGAAAGUCUGGAGUCGUUGAAACACAACGCAUUUAAUAAGCUCUAAAAUCAGUUGGUUCCUUAGCAUAUUUUUUCCCUUUAUAUUUUUUUGGCAUUCAUACCCAACAACUUAACUCCUCCACCCUCCCUCACCACGGAAAAUCAAACAAAAGACAAGAGAUAGCGAUAAAGGAAGAAAAUCAGGGACCAUAGUAGGCAGAGAAGAGGAAAAACCCCGGCUUUCUUUGUUUUCCGAGGAGCAGUGAAGAAAGUGAAAGAUGGGUAACAGUUUUAUUUGCAUGACUAAGAAUUCGAAAGAUGUUGGAUCGAGAAGCAAGAGAAUGGGUAGAUCACAGAGGAAGCUUGUGAACGAGGAAGAGUUGCAUCUUCAGGCACUGUCCAUGGCACUUCAGCAGCAUCAAUUGUCUCAGAGGUUCGAAGGGUCCAUGUCUCGGCGAAUUGGCUCCUCUAGAAGGCAUGCGGUGUCUGAAUCUUUUUCAGCCAACAAGCAGGUUCCAAUAAAUCUGGAGAACAUUAAUAAAAAGUUUGUACUAAUCCAUGGAGAAGGUUUUGGAGCAUGGUGCUGGUACAAGACUGUUGCUCUUCUAGAAGAAGCAGGGCUGCUCCCAGUUGCCUUAGAUCUUACUGGCUCUGGAAUUGAUCUCACAGACACUAACAGUGUCACUACAUUGGCUGAUUAUUCAAAACCUUUGACUGUUUAUCUCGAAAACCUUCCUGAGGAUGAAAAGGUUAUUCUUGUUGGUCAUAGCAUUGGUGGUGCAUGUAUUUCAUAUGCGUUGGAACAUUAUCCUCAGAAGAUCAAAGCAAUUUUCCUUUGUGCUACAAUGGUAUCUGAUGGUCAAAAACCUUUUGAUGUUUAUGCUGAAGAGCUGGGAUCUGCUGAACGUUUUAUUCAAGAAUCAAAGUUUUUGAUACAUGGGAAUGGUAAAGAUAAGCCCCCGACAGGGUUUAUGUUUGAGAAGGAGCAGAUGAAAGGGUUAUAUUUUAACCAAUCCCCAGCGAAGGAUGUUGCUUUAGCCAUGGUUUCCAUGAGGCACAGUCCUCUUGGUCCAAUCAUGGAGAAGCUGUCUUUAUCUACUGAGAAAUAUGGCAGCGGGCGCCGGUUUUACAUUCAAACAUUGGAUGAUCGUGCACUUUCACCAGAUGUCCAAGAGAAGCUUGUGAGGGAAAAUCCACCUGAAGGAGUUUUCAAGAUCAAAGGCAGUGAUCAUUGUCCAUUCUUCUCCAAGCCUCAAUCUCUCCACAAAAUUUUGGUGGAAAUAGCUCAAAUUCCAUAGCUUAAUGCACAACAUCAUUUGUUCUAUCUUUCCAUCUCUUAGGAUCACACAAUUGUAGAGUUGAUAUUGCUUUUUCUAUAUUGACCAUGAAACAGGAAGCCCAAUUGGGAGAAGUAUUUUUAUUUUUAUAAUCUUGAAAUAUAAUAGAGGAAGAAGCAUGAUUUUAUCCCAUUUAAGACAAUAUUAUCCAAUCAGUAAGUGACCUCUGUAAGUUUUUUUUUGUGUAUAGAAAUAUUUUAUAGUUCUAA